AUGAAAGUUACCGUCAAGCAAUGGCACGCAGUCGCGCAGUGGCGGUGGGACACAGGGCACUCAGAGCAGGACGAUGACGGCGAAGGUGAUGUCUGUGGUAUCUGUAGAGUACCCUAUGAAGGCUGCUGUCCAUCGUGUAAGAUGCCUGGUGAUGACUGUCCGCUUAUUUGGGGAGAAUGUACACAUGUCUUUCAUAUGCACUGCCUCUUGAAGUGGAUUGGAACUGCCGCGUCAAAACAGCAGUGUCCCAUGGACCGAAAACCGUGGUUAACGGCGGAGAGAAAAGUUGGCUCAGCACCAGUUUCAUGA